GCGGGGCUGUUGUGCACACACAUCUCAGGCAGCCAUGGGGAACUGGGUGGAGAAUGAAGGACUGUCCAUCUUCGUCGUUCUUGUGUGGCUGGGUUUAAAUGUCUUCCUCUUUUGGUGGUACUAUCUUGUGUAUGAUGUCCCACCAAAAUUCUUCUACACCAGAGUGCUUCUUGGCCGUGCUCUGGCUCUUGCAAGAGCCCCUGCAGCCUGCCUGAAUUUCAAUUGCAUGCUGAUUCUGCUGCCAGUAUGUCGAAACCUUCUCUCCUUCCUCAGAGGAUCAAGUGCGUGCUGCUCUACCCGUGUCAGACGACAGCUGGACAGAAACCUCACCUUUCACAAAAUGGUGGCCUGGAUGAUCGCCCUUCACACUGCAAUUCACACCAUUGCACACUUAUUCAACGUUGAGUGGAGUGUGCAAGCCCGUGUUGAAGAGAAGGGCACUCUGGCAGCUGUGCUUUCUGGCCUUGGAGACAAACCAAAUGAAAGCUAUGUCAACUUUUUCAGACAAACCAUUGCGAAUCCCAUUGGGGGCCUAUAUGUGGCCUUCACAUACUUGGCUGGCAUCACUGGGGUUGUCAUCACACUGGCCCUCAUCCUCAUCAUCACCUCAUCCACCAAAACCAUCCGGAGAUCAUACUUUGAACUAUUUUGGUACACCCACCAUCUCUUUGUCAUCUUCUUUAUUGGCCUUGUCAUCCACGGUGCUGGUCGUAUUGUACGGGGACAGACAGCUGAAAGUCUGGCUGAACAUAACCCGGAGAUUUGCUACAAGAACUUCAGUCACUGGGGCAAGAACAAGGCUUGCCCAAUCCCCCAGUUUUCAGGGAAUCCUCCUAUGACAUGGAAGUGGGUGGUAGGUCCCAUGUUUCUGUACCUGUGUGAGCGGCUGGUGCGGUUUUGGAGGUCACAGCAGAAGGUUGUUAUCACAAAGGUGGUCAUUCAUCCCUUCAAGACAAUUGAGCUCCAGAUGAUGAAAAAAGGCUUCAAGAUGGAAGUUGGACAAUACAUUUUUGUCAAAUGUCCAGCAGUGUCUAAACUGGAAUGGCAUCCAUUUACACUGACUUCUGCUCCAGAGGAGGAUUACUUCAGCAUUCACGUCCGUAUAGUAGGAGACUGGACAGAGGGCUUGUUCAAUGCCUGUGGGUGUGAUAAACAAGAAUUCCAGGAGGCAUGGAAGUUGCCCAAGAUAGCUGUGGACGGCCCCUUUGGAACAGCGAGUGAGGAUGUGUUCAGUUAUGAAACUGUGAUGCUGGUUGGAGCUGGAAUAGGGGUCACCCCCUUUGCAUCUGUCCUCAAGUCUGUCUGGUACAAAUACUGCCAUGAUGCCACCAACCUAAAGCUCAAGAAGAUUUAUUUUUACUGGCUUUGCAGGGACACUCAUGCCUUUGAAUGGUUUGCUGACCUCUUGCAAUCUCUGGAGGUUCAAAUGCAGGAGAGGAAUAACGCAGAGUUUCUGAGCUAUAACAUCUACCUUACAGGCUGGGAUGAAACUCAGGCCACUCACUUUGUAGUGCACCAUGAAGAAGAGAAAGAUGUGAUUACAGGACUGAAACAGAAAACCUUGUAUGGAAGACCUAACUGGGAAAAUGAAUUCAAAACUAUUGCAGGGAAGCAUCCUGGCUCCAGAAUAGGUGUUUUUCUCUGUGGCCCCGAGGGCUUGGCUGACACACUCAACAAGCAGAGCAUCAGCAACUCAGAAGCUGAUCCACGAGGAGUACACUUCAUUUUUAACAAAGAAAAUUUUUAACUCCCAAGCAUGUGGGAGUCAUUAAAUGCAGUCUAAAGACCAAGUCUGUUUCUCUCUCUGGAGUCUGGGAAAGACAGCCCAGCUUCUAAAUUUCAGCUACACUAAUGCAGUUCCCUUUGCUUCUUGGGAAUUAUUUGGGCUCUAUGGUAGAGUAAAAGAGUUAAGUUUUACCUUAGGGAAGUUUUCACUGCUCUCUGUGUGCUGGUUAUUUAGUAGAUAUCUGUUUUCUUUGUCUGUGUGAGGGGAUUUCCCCCUCAAUUAACUGCCUUUAUCCUCCUAUUAUUUGCCAUGACUGCUGAAGAGUGGAGGCUGCCAUUUGCUUUUGGGAGCCAAUUCACACUCAUAAAGCUUAGUGCUAUUAAACAAUAAAGCAUUCUAGCAUAAUGCUUGUAUUAGGAGGCAGCUUAUCCUGACUGCAGCCAGUCCCUGGAACAAGGGGAGCUGGAAAAGGGUGACUGGGAAAGUUAGUUCCUUAGGAGAGGAAAACUCCUUUGCUCAGCAACACCUUCCAGGCUUCCAACAUAAGCCUUAAACAUCCUCUCCAAGAGAGAUCACAUGCAGCUGAAAAGAAGCUGCUUCUUCUCAGGAAAGUGAAGAAGUGAAAAGGAACCACCUGGGCUUCUGAGAGCUGCCCCAGCUGCCAUGGGAUGACAAGGACGGGUCCAAUCCAAGUCCCACACCUGACGCGUGAGUCACUGCUCGGCUGCUUUGAGCACCCCUGCUUUCACAUCUUCAGCCUCACAGGGCAUGGAUCCACAUCAGAAGAAGUUUUGUGUUUUCAAGACUGCCAUUUCUGGUUCUGAAGGCUGAGAAAAGUUGUUGCUGAAUGAUUUAAUGGGUACUUUCUGAAGCACUCUUAGAUGCAAACAGUGCCUUUGGCUCUAUUGCUCAGCUGUUCCUCUGUGAUGGAGGAGCAGGCUUUGAGAAAGCAGUGGUCACUUUAUUCACAGUUAUGGAAUAGCUGUGACUAAAGUUUCUGAUGUGCACAAGACUACCAUAGCACAGUGCCUCUGUGUGGACACUACAGGUAGCAGGCCCUUAAAAAACACACAAAACUUUUAAUGCUGGCAAGAGAGGAAAAAAAAAAUGAAGCUAACACCAUAGGAAAAAUAAUUUAAAAAACAAGUGUAAAAACCCUUGAAAAGCCACAGUUUAAUAUACCACAUCUUUUGUUCACCCUGGUUGCCUGCUUAGUGACUUUUAAACUCCACAGCUGUCUCCUGCACAGCACAAGACCUUCCUGGCAGGUUCUUGCAGCUAUAGAAGAAAGCUGUGAUCUCCUUCUGCAAUUUCAGACAACUUUGUGCAGCCAUCUGGUUGCAUGUAGCAUAUUUUACACUUUAUCUUGCCAGACAGGAUAUGUGUUCUCCCUUUACAACAUUUUAAAAUGUUAUCUAGGCUCUGAAUGCUAUUUUAGAAAGACAGCCUACCAGCUCCUAUUUAUUAAUAUCAGUUAUCAACAAGUGUUGGCAAAGAUCAACUCUUGGUGGGGAAUUUUACAGUUCUUUCCCUCAGAAGGGCCACAUUCAAAUCCACAUAAUUCUGUGUGAAACACACCAAUUAAAUCAUAACAGAACAUUAAUAAUGCCAAAGGAACUUCUUUUGAGGAGUAAAUAUUGCUACUGUAAUACAAUGAGGGUCUCAUCCUGUGCAAAGAGCACUGAAAUAUUUGCCCUUGAUUUUAAUGGAAAUGUGAUCAGGCUUUUAUAAUCUUAUAAAGUGGGCAAAGAGGAACUGCAAGGGGUGGAGAUAUGGAGACAGCAUAUUUUUCAUGAGAAGAGUCAUGGUGGGGUGUAUUCUAAUUCACCAUUAAUAUUCUAUACAUUGCCAUGUUUUUCUUAAAGCAUCAUGGAUCUUUCCUUACUCAGUCAGUUGCAGUGGCAUUCUCUGACCAGAUGCACACUUGUAUCAGGGCUUAUUUGUCACCUCGAACUCAGAAAUAGUAAUCCUGUGUUUAUUAAUAAAUCACUGUCUUCCUAAAACAUAUGAAAGAAAAAGUGAGAGUUUCUGUUUAUUUCAGAAAAUAUCCUGAUAAAAUAACAAAUCAUGCUCAAUCAGUCAUGGUCUGAAUAUGAAUAUUUUCUUAAAUCUAGGAUACAAGAAUGAAAUACAAAUAUAAGAAACAAACUAGUUUGAGUCCUAAGGACAGUGAGCUACAGGUGAGCUUCAAGGACACUCCUUUUUUGUAACCAGAUGCCACUGCUUGCAAUCUGACUAUUGCUAUGGGCUGGGCCUCUGGCUGAAAAAUUCUUUCUUCUGUGUAUUACAAAGUGUACUGAAGUCUGAUCUCUGCUUCAGUGCCAAAAAAUUACCUACUCAAAUAACAAAUGUUCUGCUGAGGGCAAGAAAAGACAGUUGUUGUAUUAUUAAAGUAACUGUUUCAGCUAAUGGAAGCAAUUAGGAGUUCAGUUCAAAGUUCACUUAUGGCAUCAUCAUAGGAUGUUUUCCUUCCCUUCUUAUAUAAUAUUUUCUCUGUCUUCCCAUAUGUAGUGAUCUGAAGUAAGCAGUUAGUUAAUUCAUUAAUCUCCUCACUCUCCAAUCCACUGUAGUCAGCCUUACACUCAAAGACUGUGACCCUCUGGGGUGCUGGGCAGCCCUGGCUCCCACUGGCCAAACCUUUUCUUUGGGAACUGGAAGGGGGCUUUGGGGAGGACAUGGAACUGGGCCAUACUCAGAAGCUGUAUUCAAGCAAGAACUUGAUAUGACUGGGUCUCAUCUAGCCCCACUUACCUCUCUGCUCUCUGCUUGCCAAAUGUAAACAUGGGAAAAUUAAAUUCAAGUUUUUCCUAAAUUUCAGGCUACAAAAAAAGUGCUACUGUGUCUGUUCACCAUCAUGGUGGGAAACCACCCCAGUUGCAAAACAGGUCUUCCUCUUCAAAGUCUUGUAAGACUUUCCCUGCUGGGUGGGGAUUUUCUGCAUUUCAGUUCUCAGAUGGUGGGUUAAACUAAAUUAGAAAUAAUAAUUAAAAAAAAAAAAACAACAAAAACUAACAAAAAGCUGCCUGUGAAACACAAGAUAUUUUUGAACAAAAAAAAUAAUGUUUGGGUCUCAUUAUGGCACUUUCUCUGAUGAUUCUUCUCCAUUCUGGAGUGCUCUUAGCAAUUACGGUUGACUGCUUAUAUUUUUUCAUGUUUCAAUGAGUCCCUGGUAGAAUUUAGAUCAAUGUGUCUGAACAUAUAAUUAUAUAUGCUCAAAGGAAUUUAGGAGCAUGUAUUAAGAUGUUGUAAAUGUUGGCAGGGCCAAGAUCCUCAUGCCUGACUGUGUAAAACAGCAUCAGUUGCACAGACACAAGCCAGAGCAGUUACUUGUCAUGAACCAGACAUUCAGUUUUGCACUUGGUACAAACAUUAACAACCUACUGCUCUCAUUUACUUUCACCACACACAAACCAGCCCAGACUAAUGGCAAAAUGAAUCACAGUGGAGUGGAAAAUUUUUGAAAGACUUGCUGAAAGAUUACAAAUGCUUUCCAGUCCCAUUCUGCACCUCUGCUGGCCCCAAUCCCUCCCUUUCCUCUGGUGCUCUUCUGCUUGGCAGACUGGUGACUUUCUGCUCAGAGAGCUACCACUGAUUUCUCUCUACUUUCCUCUACUGAUUGCUGCUGCCCCAGCUUCACUUGCUCUUUCACUUCCUUCCUUCUCCCAAUUUCUGCAAAUUUCCUCUAAAUCUCCAACUCCUAUGAUGUUUUUGCCAAUGUUUUCAGUGCUUGUGCCCAGUGCAAGUUCAGGGAGAGGCACAAGGGCUUCACCCUGAGCUCCAGCCACUGGACAGCACAUCUCACAAAACAUGGCUCUGCUGCAACCUCCCCUGUCACUACAAACAGACCAGGGCAGUAGCCACCUCUGUUUUGGACCUCUCCAAUAAUAUUUUCUCCAUCUGCUUAAUGGUUUAAAUCUUAAAUUCUAAAAUGAAAGAAAUUUAUGAGCUGCUCUGUUCAAGAUUUUUGGCAUGUGUGAGUCAAUUUUUGUACAUUUAUCAUGUAAAAAAAGCCCUAUAUUUGACCUAUAUUUCAUUUUGAUUGUACAGAAAUGAGGGACAUGGCAAAAAAAACCACCUCACUGCCCCCAAAAUAUGGAGCUACAUUGCAAA